CUGAGCUUAACACAGAAGAACUUCACAUCCCAGCACCAUGAGCCAAACUGGCAUUCUUACUUUCUGCCUUAUCAUCCUGACUCUGAAUGGGAUUCAAGGAAUUCCUCACUUGAGAACCGUGCGCUGCCGCUGCAUCGACGUCAGCACGCGGUCCGUGCACCCAAAGACCUUAGAAAAAGUUGAAAUUAUCCCUCAGAGUCUCUCCUGUCCACAUGUGGAGAUCAUUGCUACUAUGAAAAAUGGAAAGAAACAAUGCUUGAAUCCAGAAUCCAAGGCCACCAAGAAAUUACUGAAAGCUGUUAGCAAAGAAAGGUCUAAAAGAUCUCCUUAAAACCAGAGAAGCGAAUCACUGCAGUGCUGACACAAACGGACCUCAGAGACUCUC